UCGUCAUUUUGCUAUGCUAUCUGAACAUCAGGACACAAGCAGAGAGUAGAGUCCAAACUCUAAAGAAAGAAGAAGCUAAGGAUAUGGCGUGCGCAAGCACAUCUGCUUCCACGACUUGGAACAUGUCCUCUCUGAAAUCCGCACUCCCUUCCGCACAAACAUUUUCGAAGUCUUCGCUCCGCUUCUCCGUUGGGUCCAAGCCCAAAUCCACUUCCAGACUUCUUCACUCCUUCGUUGGUCUCGCUCCAUUGCAUCCGCUCCUUUCUCUUAGUUCCCAAGAUUCAACAAGUUUUGACCACUCAUUUACUGUGAUUGAUAAUGGUGGCCGGUUUUCCGCCAUGAGACAUGGCAGGAAGGUGCCCAAACUGAAUAGACCCCCAGAUCAGCGUCGGGCACUCUUACGAGGCCUCACGACUCAGCUCCUCAAGCACGGACGUAUAAAGACCACUAAAGCAAGGGCCAGGGCAGUGAGAAAGUAUGUCGAUAAGAUGAUCACAAUGGCAAAGGAUGGCACUCUCCAUAAGAGAAGGCAAGCCCUUGGAUUCAUCUAUGAGAAGCAGAUAGUGCAUGCAUUAUUCGCGGAGGUCCCGGAGAGAUAUGGAGAGAGGAAUGGAGGAUACACCAGGAUAAUAAGAACUCUGCCCAGGCGAGGAGACAAUGCACCAAUGGCUUAUAUUGAGCUUGUCUAGCAACUGAAUAGUCAUUUUAAAGAUGUUCUUAUUUAUUUUUGUGCAGAAGUCUGAUUCAAUUAAGAGACUUUUUUGAGUUCUAAAUAUGAUUCCAUCUCAAUUCUUUAUGGAUUUCAACUCCAAAAGGAAUUACCAGUAAUAUUUGUA